CUAACUCUUCUCCCUACACACUCACUAUGAAAGGCUACGUUGUUGAACAAUGGCUCAAGGGCCCAGAUGAUCUAAAGCUCUCAGAGACUAAUGUGCCCGUACCAAAGGAGGGUCAGUUGCUUAUCGACGUCAAGGCUGUCGGCCUCAACUUCUUCGAUAUUCUCAUGAUCCAGGGACGCUAUCAAAUCAAGCCUCCGUUUCCUUUCAUUCCAGGUGGUGAAUUUGCUGGUGUGGUCUUGAAAUCAACCGUCUCUCAAUACAAGCCAGGCGAUAGAGUGUUUGGAUCCGGAAACGGUUUUGCUGAACAAGUUGUUGUUGAAGCCGAAAAAUGCAUUCGCAUUCCUUCAAAACUUUCAUUCGAAGAAGCUGCUGGCUUGUACAUUACAUACCCCACCUCUUAUGCCGCUUUAGUGCUCCGAGCUAAGCUUCAACCUGGUGAGAUCUGUCUUGUCCAUGCUGCAGCCGGUGGUGUUGGUAUUGCAGCUGUGCAAAUUGCCAAGGCUCUAGGUGCCACCGUCAUUGCAACUGCUGGAUCUGCCGAGAAAUUGGAGGUGGCAAAGAAGUAUGGUGCGGACUUUUGCAUUAACUACCGUGACAAGGACUGGACCAAUCAAGUCAAGAAGGUGACUAAGGGUCAUGGUGCCGAUGUCGUAUAUGACCCCGUUGGAAUGAUUGAUGAAAGUAUGAAGUGCACAGCAUGGAACGGACGUAUUCUCGUUGUCGGAUUUGCAAAGGGUACAUUCGAGAAAGUUGCUGUGAACCGAGUUCUUCUCAAGAACAUUUCUUUGGUUGGUGUUCACUGGGGUGCUUACUUCAAUUUCGAGAAGGAAAGUGUGCCAGAGGUGUGGAAGGCGCUUCUUGAUAUGCUCGAGACGGGAAAGCUGAAGUCUGCUAUCUAUGAAAAGGUCUACACUCUUCAGACGAUUCCUGAGGCCCUCAAUGCUAUUGCCAACAGAGAGACAUACGCCAAGGUUGUAGCCAGAAUCGGAGGACAUGACAGCAAAAUCUAAAUCUAUCAGGAUAUGUUUAGAGUGGGAUGCUGAUGUAUUAUGGGUUGUAUUACUAUCUUUGUGUAUUCGUACGUCUUACCAUAUGCCAUUUAUGCUACUGCAAUGUAGAAUAAAAAGUUGCCUUUUUGUAUACCUGA